CUGCUUGUCGCCGAUCAACCACGGUUUGUGUGGCUAAUCAAAGCCUUGUUUGAUCGGGGAGAACCCAGAGUCGCAAGCAUUUGCAGCAGUGUACGCGUCUUCGAGGAUGUUGCAAUGGAUGAAGGUUGCUUUGACCAACGAUCAAGUUCAGGGAAGCAACGGCAACUCUAAGUUGACAACAUACUCACCCAAGCCAGCAUUUUCACCAAACAUGUACCAAAAUAUGAUCCUGCCUCUCAGCGAACCUCUUCACUUGGUGAAGAUGUGCUCUCAACCGAGUAACACUCCCAGGAGCUUCCGGUCUGAAGAAGCGAGGGUCCAAUGCGCGCAUAUGAGGCAGACUUGCUCAUUUAGCGGUACCUUGCCGUGACGUUGAGAUGGCCGGAAUGCUUGCUAUAU